AUGUCUCCUCGAAAGCAAGUUUCAUCAUGGCAGUCUAUAUUAGCAGGAGCCGCUGCUGGCGGCUUUGAGAGCUUGAUCACCUACUCAACCGAGUAUCUUAAGACAUACCAACAGCUCUCGAGGGCCGGUAGCAUCAAUCGACAAUCACUCAUCCAACUCCUGGCUUCUACAACUCACCAGCAAGAAAUCGGUACUCUUUACACCGGCGCUGGAGCUUUCUGUGUCUCAAAUGCGUCAAAAUCUUCCAUUUGUUUCUUUCCAUUCGACACGGUGCGGCAAUUUAUGCUAAUUGACCAAACGGGUAAAGUCGCAACAUUAGGGAAUAUGUGUGCGGGUCUGAUGGCAGGAGUGGCAGAGGCCGUGGUGGUAGUGACUCCCGAUGAAACGAUCAAGACAAAAAGGAUUGACGAUCGGGCUGGACCCAAGCUAUAUAGAUCCACUAUAUAUGGGAUUGUCUCCAUAUUCCGCAAGGAAGGCUUACCGGGACUAUAUCGGGGUGUGACCCUGUGA